CUAGUGGCUGGCUCUGGAAAGCAUAUUGCACUGGGUGGCUGAGGGGCAUUUAAAAAAUUUAAAUAAUGACUAAAAAACACAGUUGUUUUAAAAAUAAUGGCAAAUACAAAUGCUCAUUUAGUAUCCAUCAUCAGUAAUUUAAAUUAAUAGCAGCAUAGGUUUCAUGGAUAUUUGGUAUGAGUAAAAUAUAUCUCUUCUUACAGAAUUCUGACAAAAUGAUCUAUUUUAAAAUAAUUCAUUAUCAUAGAUAAAGGCACUUACUUGAGGCUUUAUUUCACAAAAAUCAGGCAUGGCUAUCCAUAAGAACAUAAAAUGACUGGAAAAUGGUUCCAGUGGGUCACUUCUUGGAAAGAAAGCUUAACUAGUACUGAAAAAAAGAGGGGACACAUACUGGGAUUAUUUGUGUUACUAAAAACAAGGAAUGUGGUGAUUAAAUUAAAGGGGAAGAAAUGUAAGUACUGCAUUGAUUCCCAGGGGACAUACUGUUUCAAUUGUGUGGCAGGGUGAUUAGGCAUGACUCUGGGCCAUCAGUUUUGUGAACCUAUUUCUUUCUCAUACUCUUGACUGGUUUAUGGUAGUUUGGAAUGAUAGUCAUUUUUUAAAAUGUCCUUUGAUCCCUGAAGACUCAUGUUUGUCUCAAUCUUCACUUAACUUGGGCAUCAAUUACUGUAGAAUAGGGGAAGAUGAUGUGAUGUGGAUUCAGUAAAGUAAGAAACUCAGCGGUCAGCUUCAUGACCCAAACUAUCCAACCUGAUUCUUAGAAUCCACAGUUCUCAAGUCUGGGUCUCUGUUUAAAGAAAGAAAAAAUCAACAGGGUGGCUCCAAGAGAGACAUUUCCCCGACCUCACUAAGGAUUGAUGAGCUGUCAGGCUACUUAGGAUCCUUUUGAGAAAUAUGUGAGCAAUUGAGAGAGCUUAUCUGAUGACUGACCAGUUGUGAAAUUUAGCACUCGGUAAUUGAUUCUUAAUAUGAGAGGAUUAACUUGGGAAUUGUGAGUUUCCAGGUGUGGAAAAGAGAAUGUAUUUAUACUCAAUUACCAUCCAAAAAUCAACAACCCCAAUUUGUGUGUAAGAGAUAGUAAAGCCUCUACUCAACAAAGUCAACAUCCUCUCUUUUCCUUAUAAUUUUGAUAUACUUCUUUCAGGGGAGAUAGAAAGAGAGAGAAGUCUUUCUAAAGGCCUGAGCUUUUGCUAAGUGCUUUUUUUACCUGAUAUACUUCUCUCAUAAAAAUAUAUCUUGCUUUCUAUUCCAUCCCAGAGCAAUGCAGAUGAACAAAAAAUGUUAGCUAACUCUAAUCCUUCUUCCAACAACACUGGUGGGAAAUCUAGGCAAAGAAUGUGUUGUUUUUUCUAAUGCUGCUCUUUAAAUCUCAGACAAUAGUUAAAGUGUCAGCUAAUUACCCCCUGGGCCUCAGGCUUUCACUGGGACUUUUAAAUACACAAAUCAAAGGGAAGGCUGGACACCAUUAGCACUACAUAAUUCAAGCAAACAAUAAAUGUGUUUACUCUGCCUGGCUACUGACCACCCGCCUUGCCAUCCCACCAGGCAGGUAUCUCUAUAUAGGAUUUCCUUGUUCACAGUCCCACAGAAAGCAAGCCUCUCCUUGAGGCCUUGCCAGCUGCAAAUCUGAAGGAAGCUCCCCACAGCAUGUAUAGCCUCUUGCUUCAUCUCUUGUUGCUCCUGCCUCUGGGAAAAGCCAGGUGGCACAGGGUUGGCAGCAAGGGUCAGCGUUCUCCUUCCCUUGUGCUCCUAGACAGGAAUCGGAGAGAACUCCCUUUGGACAACCAUGAGGAAGGUGAGGAGAAGCCAGAUCUCUUUGUGGCAGUGCCACAUCUAAUAGGUGCAGGCCUGCCAGGGGACAGCCAGAGGCAGAGAGAGAAGAUGCUAUCCAGGUUUGGAAGGUUCUGGAAGACUGAGCAAGAGCUACACCCAUCCAAGGACUCAGAUAGUGAGCACAUCCCACCUGGGACCCAGGCUCUCACCCAGCCAGCGGAUGGCAUGAAAAUGGAGAAAUCUCCUCUUCGGGAAGAAGCCAAGAAAUUCUGGCACCACUUCAUGUUCAGAAAAAGUCCAGCUUCUCAGGGGGUCAUCUUGCCCAUUAAAAGCCAUGAAAUACAUUGGGAGACCUGUCGGACUGUGCCCUUCAGCCAGACUAUUACCCAUGAAGACUGUGAAAAAGUGGUUGUCCAGAAUCAUCUUUGCUUUGGGAAAUGUGGGUCUGUUCAUUUUCCUGGAACCGCACAGCACUCUCAUGUCUUCUGCUCUCACUGCUCACCCACCAAGUUCACUACUAUGCACUUGCCUCUGAACUGCACUAGCCUUGCUCCUGUGGUCAAGGUGGUGAUGCUGGUGGAGGAAUGCCAGUGCAAGGUGAAGACAGAGCAUGGAGAUGGACACCUCCUCCAGGCUGGCUUCCAGGAUUCCUUUAUCCCAGGCGUUUCAACAUAACAAGCUAUCCCACUAUGACCUUUGAAAAGCAAAACCACAACAGCACAGGUGCUGAUUAUUCAAUCUGAAAAUGUUAAGUGGGUGCAUAAUAUUUUAAGAAAAGGUGGCUUAGAAAGUAGUUUUAAGAUAACAGGAUUUAGAGGAAACAGUAUUUGUCUAGUUACAGGUACAUGUUUGGGAUCUAGUUUUGGCUCUGCCACUAAUUGUAAGUAGUAAAAGCUUCCCCCAUCUAAAGUUUUUCAUUUAUAAAUGAGGGACUUGACCUUGAUGAUUGUCAAAGUCUUUUCUACUACUACUACUGUUCCAAGUCCUACUUUCUCCAAGCCUUAUACCUAUAGAAAGAAAAGAGAUAAACUAGGCUAUAAACAUGUACUUCAUUAGCUUAUCAAAUAAUCAGCAAAAAAUAGCUGGGCGUUGUGGCGGGCGCCUGUAGUCCCGGCUACUCGGAAGGCUGAGCCAAGAGAAUCGCUUAAGCCCAGGAGUUGGAGGUUGCUGUGAGCUGUGUGAAGCCAUGGCACUCUACCGAGGGCCAUAAAGUGAGACUCUGUCUCUACAAAAAAAAAUAAUAAUAAUAAUCAGCAAAAAAGAAAAAAAAAAGAAAGGAGAAGUUGGAGUACUUUUAAAAAAAGAUUCUUUAUACUGGUAGCUGCCUUCACAUCUCAAUGUUUUGUUUGACUUCUAUGGAUAAUUAAGUUCUUCCAUAAAAUGAAGAAAUAACUUGCCUUGAUAAUCCAUAUAAGAAAUAACUUGCCUUCUUAGUCCAGUCUCUGGCUUUGAAGAAGGAACACGGAUGUUACGUUUAGUAGCCAAACAAGUGUGCAUAUUUUGAAGAAAGAAAAAUAUCUGAUCAGUACCAGGUUUAAAGAUCAAUCCAGAGAUUGAAGAACGUAAGAAAACAUUUCAGUAGAUGUCAAAUUAAAUAAAAAAUGGAAAAUAAAAAUGGAAACAAUUUACAGGUGAAAAUCCUUACUCACAUGCAUUUUGAAUUAGAUAGUAAGGUUUCUGAGUUUGGAUGACUGGUUUUUGCUAGUGAAUAAAAUUUUGUAUUUUAAAUUUUAUUCAGCAGACGCCAAGUACUGAAAAUCUGAAUAUUUUAAUGAA